AACCUAACCAUCUUCGAUAGAACCCAAAGUGAAGAACAAAUCACAAAAAGUGUCAAUAAAAAGUGACCAGUGUCGAUCAUGGAUCGCGAUGAGGUCUCUACGACGACCACCAGCGAGGGCAAGUCCCAGGAGGAGGCUCCGCCGGCAGAAGGACUGGAGCCCACGCAACCCAUUAGCUUCCUGACCCUCUUCAGGUUCUCCACUUAUGGUGAGAUAGCUUGGCUCUUCUUUGGCUUCAUCAGUUGCUGCAUCAAGGCCUUGACCCUGCCCGCCGUGGUCAUCAUCUACAGCGAGUUCACCUCCAUGCUGGUGGACCGAGCCAUGGAGAUUGGCACUAGCUCCAAGGUCCAUGCAUUGCCCCUCUUCGGAGGCGGUAAGAUUCUCACCAAUGCCACUCAUGAGGAGAACAGCGAGGCCUUGUAUGAUGACUCCAUCUCGUAUGGCAUUCUCCUGACCAUUGCCUCGGUGGUAAUGUUUAUUUCCGGAAUCUUUUCCGUGGACAUCUUCAAUGUGGUAGCCCUGCGUCAGGUCACCAGAAUGAGGAUAAUGCUCUUUUCCUCUGUGAUGCGUCAGGAUAUUGGCUGGCAUGAUCUGGCCAGCAAGCAAAAUUUUACCCAGAGUAUGGUAGACGAUGUGGAGAAGAUUCGCGAUGGCAUCUCCGAGAAAGUGGGUCACUUUGUGUACUUGGUGGUGGGCUUCAUCAUCACCGUGGCCAUUUCCUUUGCCUACGGCUGGAAGCUUACCCUGGCUGUGAGCUCGUACAUUCCGCUGGUGAUUCUGGUCAAUUACUAUGUGGCCAAGUUCCAAGGCAACUUGACCGCCCGCGAACAAGAGUCCUAUGCCGGAGCUGGCAACUUGGCUGAGGAGAUCCUGGGUGCCAUUCGCACUGUGGUCUCUUUUGGUGGCGAAAAGGCGGAAGUUGAACGCUAUGAGAACUUCCUGGUUCCUGCUCGUAAGGCCAGUCAGUGGAAGGGAGCCUUUUCCGGAGUCAGUGAUGCUUUAUUAAAGUCCAUGCUAUAUCUGUCCUGUGCCGGAGCCUUCUGGUAUGGCGUCAAUCUUAUCAUAGACGAUCGUGGAGUGGAAGAUAAGGAGUAUACGCCAGCUAUUCUUAUGAUUGCCUUCUUUGGCAUCAUUGUUGGAGCAGAUAACAUAGCCAGGACCGCGCCCUUUCUGGAAUCCUUUGCCACCGCCCGGGGCAGUGCCACUAAUCUCUUCAAGGUCAUUGAUCUCACCUCCAAGAUCGAUCCCCUCUCCACAGAUGGCAAGCUCUUGAACUAUGGUCUUCGCGGCGAUGUGGAGUUCCAGGAUGUGUUCUUUAGAUAUCCCUCUCGUCCUGAGAUUAUAGUUCACAGAGGCUUGAAUAUCAGAAUCAGAGCGGGUCAAACGGUGGCUCUGGUGGGUUCUUCAGGCUGUGGAAAGUCCACCUGUGUGCAGUUGCUCCAGAGAUUCUAUGAUCCUGUCUUUGGCGCUGUCUUACUGGACGAUCUGGAUAUAAGGAAAUAUAAUAUCCAGUGGCUCAGAUCCAAUAUUGCGGUAGUGGGUCAGGAGCCAGUGUUGUUUUUGGGAACUAUAGCCCAAAACAUCAGCUAUGGCAAACCAGGAGCGACGCAGAAGGAAAUAGAAGCAGCUGCCACGCAAGCAGGAGCCCAUGAGUUUAUCACCAAUCUGCCAGAGAGCUAUCGCACCAUGAUCGGUGAGCGUGGAUCUCAGCUCUCUGGAGGCCAGAAACAACGGAUUGCUAUUGCUCGUGCCCUCAUCCAGAACCCCAAAAUCCUGCUGCUGGACGAGGCCACCUCUGCUUUGGAUUACCAUUCGGAAAAGCAGGUUCAACAGGCCUUGGACUUGGCCAGCAAAGGUCGGACUACGAUUGUGGUCUCCCACAGACUGUCAGCAAUUCGGGGAGCAGACAAGAUCGUCUUCAUUCACGAUGGCAAGGUGCUGGAGGAGGGAUCCCACGAUGACCUAAUGGCCCUGGAGGGCGCCUACUACAACAUGGUUCGUGCCGGAGACAUCAAAAUGCCUGAAGAGGCAGAGAAAGAGGAGAGCACGGAACAGGAUGCGAAGCGCAAGAGCCUAGCUCUCUUUGAGAAAUCUUUCGAGACAAGUCCUUUAAAUUUUGAGAAGGGCCAGAAGAUCAGUGUCCAGUUCGAUGAGCCUAUAGUAAAGCCCCAAGCUAAGGAUACCAAUACUCUAGUAGUGGCAGAGGCGGCACCUGCAGUUGAACAACCCCAGUUUUUCAGGACCUUCAUCAGGAUACUGAAGCUUGCCCGACCAGAAUGGUGCUACCUCAUACUGGGCACCAUCAGUGCCAUUGGCGUGGGUUGUCUGUAUCCUGCUUUUGCCAUUAUCUUUGGUGAAUUUUAUGCAGCUCUCGCGGAACAGGAUCCCGAGGAUGCUCUGCGCCGUACGGCAGUUCUUUCUUGGGCCUGUCUCGGUAUUGCUUUCUUAACAGGAUUGAUUUGCUUCCUGCAAACCUAUCUCUUCAACUACGCUGGCAUUUGGCUGACUACAAGAAUGCGGGCCAUGACGUUUAGGGCGAUGGUGAGCCAGGAGAUCAGCUGGUUCGAUGAUGAGAACAACUCCGUGGGAGCUCUGUCUGCUCGUCUCUCCGGAGAGGCAGUGGGUGUCCAGGGCGCCAUUGGUUACCCGCUGAGUGGCAUGAUCCAGGCCUUGACCAACUUCAUCUCGAGUGUUACCGUGGCUAUGUACUACAAUUGGAAGCUGGCUCUGUUGUGCCUGGCCAACUGCCCCAUUAUUGUGGGUUCUGUGAUCCUGGAAGCCAAGAUGAUGUCCACGGCCAUUGUUCGUGAAAAGCAGGUGAUCGAGGAAGCCUGCAGGAUUGCCACUGAGGCAAUCACCAAUAUCAGGACAGUGGCAGGACUGAGAAGAGAAGCGGAUGUCAUUAGGGAGUACACCGAGGAGAUUCAGCGAGUGGAGGUGCUUAUUCGCCAGAAGCUGAGGUGGCGAGGAGUCCUGAACUCAACCAUGCAGGCCUCGGCAUUCUUUGCCUACGCAGUGGCCCUUUGCUAUGGCGGUGUUCUGGUGUCUGAGGGUCAGGUGCCCUUCCAGGAUAUUAUCAAGGUCUCUGAAACCCUGCUUUAUGGGUCCAUGAUGUUGGCCCAAUCCCUGGCCUUUACCCCAGCGUUCUCAGCCGCCUUAGUGGCGGGCCAUCGGCUCUUCCAGAUCCUGGAUCGCAAACCCAAGAUCACUUCUCCCAUGGGAACCAUCAGGAACACCCUGGCCAAGCAGUUGAAUCUCUUUGAGGGAGUACGCUAUCGAGGCAUACAGUUCAAGUAUCCCACAAGACCCGAUGCUCAGAUCCUUAAUGGUUUAGAUCUGGAGGUGCUAAAGGGUCAAACGGUGGCCCUGGUGGGUCAUUCGGGAUGCGGCAAGUCCACCUGUGUGCAGUUGCUGCAACGCUACUAUGAUCCCGAUGAGGGGAGCAUUCACAUUGAUCACGACGACAUCCAGCACGAUCUGACCCUGGAGGGAGUGCGGACCCGGCUGGGCAUUGUCUCCCAGGAACCCACCCUCUUCGAGAGAUCCAUAUCAGAGAACAUCGCCUACGGAGACAACAGAAGAUCGGUACCCAUGGCGGAGAUCAUAGCAGCGGCCAAGAGUGCCAAUGCCCAUAGCUUCAUCAUCAGUCUGCCCAAUGGCUAUGAAACCCGAAUGGGAGCCAGAGGCACACAGCUCUCGGGAGGCCAAAAACAACGCAUCGCCAUUGCCCGGGCUCUGGUGCGAAAUCCCAAAAUCCUGCUGCUGGAUGAGGCCACCUCUGCCUUGGACUUGCAAAGCGAACAGCUGGUCCAACAGGCUCUGGAUUCCGCCUGCUCGGGACGCACUUGCAUUGUCAUUGCCCAUCGCCUGUCCACCGUCCAGAAUGCGGAUGUGAUCUGCGUCAUCCAGAACGGACAGGUGGUGGAGCAGGGCAAUCACAUGCAGCUCAUAUCCCAGGGAGGAAUCUAUGCGAAGCUACACAAGACCCAAAAGGAUCACUGAAUUCCCAUUUUUUAUUUAAAGUAAUAUUCUAAUUUUUGUAAUUCUCAUUCAACACUUGUCUCA